UACGUUUCAGCGCUCUAUAUGGUUCCCACGUAGCCGCCGCUUUUUACCAAACCUAAGGAAUCGCAGAGAAGUGCCGAGAAACUCUGCAAAUGGCUGAAGGGCUUGUUCUUCGAGGCACCAUGCGUGCCCACACCGACUCGGUCACCGCCAUUGCCACCCCGAUCGACAAUUCCGAUAUGAUCGUAUCCUCUUCCCGGGAUAAAUCAAUCAUUUUGUGGCAUCUGACCAAGGAGGAGAAGACUUACGGUGUUCCUCGCCGUAGGCUGACCGGGCACUCCCACUUCGUUCAGGACGUCGUUCUCUCUUCUGACGGCCAGUUCGCUCUCUCCGGCUCCUGGGAUGGCGAGCUCAGGCUCUGGGACUUGGCCGCCGGUGUCUCUGCCCGCCGAUUCGUGGGCCACACCAAGGAUGUGCUCUCAGUCGCUUUCUCAAUUGACAACCGUCAGAUUGUGUCGGCUUCUCGUGACCGCACAAUUAAGCUCUGGAAUACUCUUGGUGAGUGCAAGUACACCAUUCAGGACAGUGAUGCCCACUCUGAUUGGGUCAGUUGUGUUCGCUUCAGUCCAAAUACGCUUCAACCAACUAUUGUUUCGGCCUCUUGGGACCGAACUGUGAAAGUUUGGAACUUGACGAAUUGUAAGCUGAGGAACACCCUCGCUGGCCACUCCGGCUAUGUCAACACAGUGGCGGUUUCUCCUGAUGGCUCGCUGUGCGCUAGUGGUGGCAAAGAUGGAGUGAUUUUGCUUUGGGAUUUGGCUGAGGGGAAGAGGCUGUACUCCCUCGAUGCUGGUGCUAUCAUUCAUGCUCUCUGCUUUAGUCCUAACAGGUACUGGCUCUGUGCUGCUACAGAGCAAAGCAUUAAGAUCUGGGAUUUGGAGAGCAAGAGCAUUGUCGAAGAUUUGAAGGUCGACCUGAAAACUGAAGCUGAAACGGCGGAAGGCACCAGCACCAAGAAGAAGGUAAUCUACUGCACUAGUUUGAGCUGGAGUGCAGAUGGAAGCACCUUGUUCAGUGGAUACACUGAUGGUGUGAUCAGAGUUUGGGGAAUUGGACGUUACUAGGAAGAGCUAUCAGAAAAAACUAUGAGAUGCUAGUCUGUUUGAAAUUUUGAUAUAAAUCUGAGUGAUUUCUAAUCUAGAUACAGACCAAAAAGUUUUAGGUGGUUCUUCUGUGAGUUCAAUUUGUGUGCUGAAGAUAAUGGCCUUGUGGCGGCCUUUUUAUUUUUAUUUUAUCCAACUAUUCACUUCAGUUAUCAUUCAUUACAAGAUUUUUCUUGAUUAA